GGACUUCGGCUGCGACUCCCGGAGGGGCAAAAAAGGCAAAUAAAUCCAUUGGAUGAAACACCAAAACAUCGUCACCAGCAGCAACAACCAACGACGUCGGCAUCAAACUCGACGUCCUCGACAUCUACUUUUCUAUUGACUACACUGCAUACGCAAUAUAUGUUCGGUCCCUGGCCACUGGUAGAACACUUCUGCUCUCGUCUUGCCCGUCUGUCUAGGCCUACUCUGUUGUUUCAGCGAGAUACACAUCCCAGUCAACUAUACCAACUAGUCCCCCGCCAGAGACGAACAGGCCACAGAUUCUUCUCCUCCAACCCAGUGUCCUACAAUAUGUCUGGCCUAUCUGCAGAGCUCACAGCGCCUAAUGGCAGGAAGUACACACAGCCAUUGGGACUAUUCAUCAACAACGAGUUUGUUGCCGCCAAAUCAGGGCAGACGAUUGUAUCAGUCAAUCCCACUGAUGAGACAGAUAUUGCCACUGUGCAUGCUGCCGGAACGGAGGAUGUUGAUAUCGCCGUCAACGCAGCCCGAGCAGCCUUGAAACAUCCCUCAUGGAAGGAUUUGUCGGGCUCCGACAGAGGACGGAUGAUGGUCAAACUAUCUGAGCUCGUCGAGCAACAUGCAGAGACUUUGGCCACUAUUGAAACGUGGGAUAACGGUAUGUGCUGUUCCCUCUUCCGUUAUUCCCUCAGAGCCUUGUCCCACCCGUCGACUCGGGGGUAGCUCCUUUUAAAGCAAGCGCAAUAGAAAUGUAUCUCUUACAUGACUACGAUCCUAGGAAAGCCAUAUUUGGUCUCCUUGAACGACGAUGUAACUGAAGUUGUAUCUGUCUUGAGAUAUUAUGGCGGAUUUGCCGACAAGAUAGAAGGUAGGACUAUCAGCACGACUGCCAAUAAGUUUGCCUACACGUUACGCCAGCCCAUCGGCGUCGUGGGCCAGAUCAUCCCGUGGAACUUUCCUUUGGCAAUGGCUGCCUGGAAACUUGGGCCAGCUUUGGCAUGUGGAAACACAGUUAUUCUUAAAGCUGCGGAACAGACUCCUCUGAGUGUGUUAUACCUUGCAGGAUUAGUGAAGGAAGCAGGAUUCCCCCCUGGCGUUGUUAACAUCCUCAACGGAUACGGUAAGGAGGCCGGGGCCGCCAUUGCAUCCCACACCGGUAUCGACAAAGUUGCCUUCACCGGCUCUACAGCAACGGGCCGUGCUAUUAUGAAAAUGGCUGCCGCUAACCUGAAGAACAUCACCCUCGAAACCGGUGGCAAGUCGCCACUGAUUGUCUUCGAUGAUGCAGACAUUGAUCAGGCUGCAAAGUGGGCUCAUACUGGUAUCAUGUAUAACAUGGGCCAGGUCUGCACCGCCACAUCUCGUCUACUCGUCCACGAGGGUAUUUAUGAUCAGUUCGUAACAAAAUUCAAAGAGGCCAUUGCGUCGACCAGCAAGAUUGGCGAUCCAUUUGCAGAGGACACAUUCCAGGGCCCGCAGGUGACCAAGGCCCAGUACGACCGUGUGCUUUCAUAUAUUGAGGCCGGCAAAUCCGAGGGUGCAACACUUGCUACAGGAGGAGUGCCACACCGGAAAGUUGGCAACGGCAAGGGUUAUUUCAUUGAACCAACGGUGUUCACCAACGUGACAGACAACAUGACGAUUUACCGAGAAGAAGUGUUUGGCCCCUUUGCCGUAGUCACCAGCUUCAAGACGGAAGAGGAAGCCCUGGCCAAGGCAAAUGAUACCACUUACGGUCUGGGUGCCGCGGUAUUCACUCAAAAUAUCGAGCGUGGUCACAGGGUGGCCAGUGGUAUCGAGGCUGGCAUGGUCUGGAUCAACAGCAGCAACGACAGUGACUUCCGUGUACCAUUUGGCGGUGUCAAGCAGUCGGGUGUCGGAAGGGAACUUGGCGAAGCGGGCCUCGAGGCUUACUCCCAGGUCAAAGCCGUCCAUCUCAACAUGGGCACAAGAUUGUGAGGCCGCGGAGAUCAAGUGCAAAGAAUCGGUGAAAGGCGAGCCACUCGCAUAUUUUUUCGCAUCUUGAAUCGGAAAACAACAAGGUCAAACCAAUCAAAGAACCAAAAAAAAAAAAAAAAAAGACAGCUAAAACUAGCCUGCUUUCGGCUAUAAUCUUAGUCUACUCCGUGUUCUGGGCUGUUCGUUCACUUGUCGAGGCUGCGGGGAGCAGGUAGAUUUGACAAAGUCCAAAUCGAUCUCGGAGAUUCUUCUAAAUAGCUCUAGUGGUUGUACGACGGAUGAAAUUGUUAAACUGUUAAUACAUGGACUUAAAAUAACUCCAUCGUAUUGCUUACCGCUUACUGCUCAUGCACUGCCUCGUUGCAGUUAGUUGGCUGGUUAUAUGCAAGCCAGAAACGUAACAGUUCAGUCCAGUUCGUAUGCAUGUACGAAGCAUUAGGCAGAAAAAA